AUUCGAGGAGACCCAAACAAGAAAUUUUUCAGAAAGGGUUGAAUUUUUUUAGAAAUGCAGGUCCUUGACCGACACAGGGGCGGAGCUUCUCAGGUCCUUGACUGUCUCGUUCGGUUUCCUGCGAACGCAUCUUUCUUCUGGAGCAUUGUGAGACUCCACACUCUCCUCUCCCGGGAGGUCCCAGCCCGUUGGUCCGUCGUUCCGCUGUGUUUUCCGCACUCCAGUGGCCUGAAAAUGGAGCGUCUGGUGACGGUUUUGUUGCUCAGUGUAUUACUCCUCAGUUCAGCCGGAGAAUCCGCCAGAGUUUCAUAUAUUCGCCUUCCCAAUUCUCCGGCAGAUGGUCUCUGUGCUCACCUCAUCCAACCUUAUGGCUAUCCUUGCUCCGAGCACACCGCACAAACAAAUGAUGGUUACUUGCUUGGACUUCAGCGGGUGGCAUCUAACUCCAGAUAUCUCAGAGGGCAAUACGGUCCUCCAGUUCUUCUCCUUCACGGGCUAAUGAUGGCAGGUGAUGCCUGGUUCUUGAACUCUCCAAAUCAAUCAUUGGGGUUUAUCCUGGCUGAUCAUGGCUUUGAUGUUUGGGCUGGAAAUGUGCGUGGGACACAUUGGAGUCGUCGACAUGUCCAUCUGACAGAAAAAGACAAGGAUUUUUGGGAUUGGAGUUGGCAGGAAUUGGCUCUGUAUGAUCUGGAAGGAAUGGCUCGUUAUAUUUAUAACAUCACCAACUCAAAAAUAUUUAUUGUUGGUCAUUCACAGGGAACAAUAAUGUCUCUGGCUGCUUUUACUCAACCACAUAUAGUAUCAAUGGUUGAAGCUGCUGCGCUUCUUUCUCCUAUCUCAUAUUUGGAUCAUAUAAGUUCGUCUUUUGUCCUAAGAUUAGUGAAAAUGCAUAUUGAUGAGGUGUUAUGUGUGAUGGGCAUUCAUGAACUUAAUUUCAAAAGUGACUGCAGCACCCAUAUGAUGGACAUAUUAUGCAGUGAAUAUGUGAAUUGCAAUGAGUUGCUUACUCCGGUUACAGGAAAGAACUGUUGCUUCAACAACUCCCGGAUCAAUUUCUAUCUCGAAUAUGAACCACAACCUACAUCCUCAAAGAAUCUGAAUCAUCUUUUUCAAAUGAUCCGUGAAGGUACUUUCAGAAAGUAUGAUUAUGGAAUCUUUAAGAACCUGAUACGCUAUGGACGGUUUUGGCCUCCAGCAUUUGAUGUUAGCAGCAUUCCGAAUUCUUUACCAUUGUGGAUGGCUUAUGGGGGUAACGAUUCAUUAGCUGACGUUACUGAUGUGCAGCGCACGCUGAAGGAACUAAAAAGACAGCCAGAGGUGCUUUUUCUUGAGGAAUACGGUCACAUAGACUUCCUCCUGAGUGUAAGAUCAAAGGAAGACGUGUAUGAUAAGAUGAUUAGGUUCUUGAAGUCAUUCAGAAAAUUUGGUAGUUACUAAGGCCCCGUUUGGGUUCCGGUGCUUUUGAUAAAAAAAAAAAAAAAAAAACACUUUGCUAAAAAAGAAAGCACUUGAGCAGUUAACAAAUACUUUUAUUAAAAGUUCUACUGGAGAAGUAUUUUUAAAUAAGCUGUCGCAAAUAUCAAACGGGUCCUAACUCACAUGUUCAGGCGACUAUGUGAUGGUUGAGACCUGAUAGUGGUUUGGACGGGUUUGUUCAAACCAAAAAUAGAGAUGCUACUGUGUCCUUUUGUAAGUCUGCCAACAUAGAUGAGACAACACCGCAUGCAAGGAUACUUAGGAGGAACUCCGGUAAGUAGAGGUUUGAAAUGGGUCCGAAGAAGAUUUGUGGCGCCCGUAGAAAUUGUAAAUCCGCGUGUAUUUGCUGCAGCACAAUGCGUAUAGGAGUCAAAUGAUGCAACAGCCAGUACUUUGGCAUCCACAGCUAGCAAGAAAUGUGUGGAAAAUGUACUUUUUUUAAUUUGACUCUCGUCUGGUCUCGCUUGUAAAGCUUGUAGUGUGGAAAUGGAAUUGAAAAAAACUGUCGUUUGAAUUAUUA